UGCCAUGGAUUAAAUAGAAAAAAAAAUUGCAGAGGAAGAUCAAUACACAAUCAAGGCAGGACCACCCUCACCAACGACCGGGACCGGAGCAGGAGAACCAACUCGACUCCCAACCGGAAGCACAAAACCACGAAAAGGGAAGAGAUCGCUAUCCUUGGUACAGCCCUUUUUACGUUCCUCUCGCGUGGCGAUGGAUGUUUUUGAUUGCGGUGGUAUCAAGCAGUGCAGAUCGGUCGCGGUGCAGAUCGCGUUUGAAUCCUUUUGAGAUCUCCGCGGGGAUGGUGUGAAAUCGCCCUCGGCCCGCAGCGAUCUCGAAGAGCAAAAGGCUGUCCAACACAAAGUUCUUGAGUACUCUAAACAAUACCCCUUCCAGUGCAGGAAUGAGGUUUUAUAACACCUGCAAACUGCCUGGAAGAAUUAUGGGGAUCCGGCUGCUUCACUUCUCUUCAGUAGUGAUCCUUCUGUUGCUCCUGGUGGCGGGUGCAUUAACGGCUUUGCUGCCCAAUAUUAAGGAAGACAAAAUGCUUACCCUGCGAAGGGAAAGAAAAUCCCAGAGUCAGGUUGCCUCGGAUGCAUUUACGCUCAUUAUGCAGACAUACAACAGAACCGACUUACUCCUGAAGCUUCUGAAUCAUUAUCAGGCUGUUCCUCAUUUGCACAAAGUGAUUGUUGUGUGGAAUAACAUUGGAGAGAAGGCACCCGAGGAAAUCUGGAACUCCCUGGGACCUCAUCCCGUUCCAGUUAUCUUCAAAGGGCAAACAGUCAAUCGCAUGAGGAACAGACUGCAGGUUUUCCCUGAGUUGGAAACCAAAGCUGUUUUGAUGAUGGAUGAUGAUACCCUAGUUAGUGCCUACGACCUAGUUUUCGCGUUCUCCAUUUGGCAGCAAUUUCCAGAUCAGAUAGUGGGGUUUGUUCCUAGAAAGCAUCUACCUAGCCCGUCAGGAAUAUACAGCUAUGGCAGCUUUGAACUGCAGAGUCCUAGCACUGGCAAUGGAGACCAGUAUUCUAUGGUCCUCAUUGGAGCAGCCUUCUUCAACAGUGAAUAUCUUGAACUCUUUCAAAAGCAGCCGGAAGCCGUGCACGCCAUGAUAGAUGAGACGCAAAAUUGUGAUGAUAUUGCCAUGAAUUUCUUAGUGGCUAAACAUACUGGGAAGGCUUCAGGCAUGUUCGUGAAGCCAGUGGACCUCAGGAAUUUAGAAAAAGAGAGUAACACUGGCUAUUCGGGAAUGUGGCAUCGACCAGAACACUUGCUGCAGAGGUCUUACUGCCUCAAUAAAUUGGUUAGUAUCUAUGGCAACAUGCCAUUAAAAUACUCUAACAUUAUGAUUUCCCAAUUUGGCUUCCCAAACUAUGCUAAUCACAAGAGUAAAAUGUAAGAAGGUGCUGCAAGGCAGUGCUUUCGCCUGCGACUCGGCAAUUCAAAUGGCAAAGUAGGGAAGGGAGUACUAAGGGAUUUGUAGGUGGCACAUUAUUUGAAAUAUGCUUCUGCAAAAAAAAAAAAAACAAUUUGGGGAUCCAAGUUCUGGGUAAAGCGUUCCAUCUCUGUGCUCAACAUGCAAAAGCUUCUUUGGUUGGCUUUGUCAUUUAUCCCUGUUUCGGUCAGAUACUCCCAUUCUUGCACAAGGAUGGAAGUAUCCCACAAAAUUCAGGUGCAUUCACAUGAUGAGUAUUGAUAGUACAUCUCCAGCAGGUUGUAAGCCCAGAUAAAUGUUUAUUAGUGCCCCCAACCCAUCCAUAUAUGAGUAUAUAUUGAUGUCAGUUGUUUUUGACCAGUUAAGAAAUUUUCCCCAGCCAUCCUUACAUCAUCACAGUCAAGAUGGUCUACAGUUCUUUUCAAGCCUACACAUGACACUUGGUUAGUAAUGCCCUGUGUCACGCUAGUGUCUUUCCUUAAUUUAACCCAUUGGAAAUAUGCAAUGAAAUAUUUCUGGGGCGUUCUUUCCCAUUUGGGGUAGCUUUGCAGCCCGUUAGUUCUCCCUCCCCCCAGUAUAAGAAGAAAUAAACAGAACCACCAGAUAUUCAGAGCAAAUGGGCAUACCUUUUGAUUUGUACAUAUAUGAAGAGUCUGCCUUGCACUUCCUUGAAUAUAUUUAUUUUAGCAAUUAUUGUUUGCAUUUGAAAGAGUUUUACUGUAUCUGUCAGACCAAAAGUUACAGGAAGUUGCUUGCUGAGUCUUCCUUCUCUCCUUUUUUGGCAUAAACAUUAAACGUCCAAGCUGGCACAAUGUGUAUUUGUACUUAUGCUGUUUUUCAAUCUGGCCUGCCAUCCCCACAUGCAGCCCCACUCUUUUCCAGCCCUCAGAGCUGCCUUCCAGGAAAUACAGUUCUGGUUUUUUAAAAGAGUUAGCAUGAAGGGUUUUGAAAGCAGAUGUGGGCUUCCAGGCAGUUCUGGUUUCAGUGGGAAGCUGGCUUUUGGGGUGGAAAACUGGUCCCUGGGCCUUCCAACAUUGCACUCCGCUGCCAUAAAGCAAGCUUUGGAGAUGGCGGUACAACUCACAGAGGAAGCAGGAGGGCAAUGCCACAGCAGUCUGGGUCUCAGUUUUCGUCAUAGUCUGUUUAUUCUGUGUAUUCAAGGACUGCAAUCAGGUACCCAGUUACCUGCAUUCCACAUGGAGCCAAAGCCUGAGAUCAAGGAAACCCAUACUACACUUAUUCCCGUAUUUAUUUAUUUAGCAUUGGUAUAUUUCGCAGAACACAUUUUAAUACCUACCAUACUGGGAGACAGUCUUGUCAAUCAGAGGCAGUCUGCCAGGAUUAAAAACAAGUGUGCAUCUAGCUGUGCACACAGAUAUAUCUUGAUCUGAGCAGCAGGAUUAGGUGUGCACAACAGUGUAGGGUUGCAGCUCAUUUCUAGAGUGGCUCAGCUGUAGUGGUGACAUGAUAUAGAUGUCAGUGGCAUGAUUUAAUCUACAAAACCUACUUCCCUGGCCAAUACAGGGCAUAUCAGCCAUGUGGGCUGUGAAGACAGGGACUUACAACAAACAUUUAUCACGCUGAAAUCAAACUGGAAUAGAACUGUGCUUCUUUGCUUGGUGUCAGAAGUGUGCCCUUGUUCAGCAUCUUGUAAAUAUCUGAAAUUGUUGGCUGAUUCCUGCCUUCAGAAAAAUAACUAUUACUUAAUGCUUAGCUCUAAAACAGGAGCUAUGCUACCUUUAUAUUAAGGUGCCAUAUUUCCUACUUACAUUCCUUCAACUAAGUUUAUUUGUAUGUCUUGGUUUGGUUUGGUUUUUCCUGUAUUCCGUUCAAGAAAUAAGCUAAGAACACACUGAAGGACUGAAAUUGUUGGUUUAAAUAUUAAGCAGCAACUACAGAUGUGGCUGCCUAGUGCAGUAGCCGUUUACUCAGAAUUUAUUUUUUCCUAAAGUUUUGUGUAUUUUGUUCUUUUCCAGUCAUAAGCUAUUAGGAGGUUGGUUUCUUUAUUGUUGUUUUCUAACUGAAAACCUAAUAAAGAUGUGUAAUUAUGA